AUGGAACCAGCCGCUGUUCCCAGCUGCCGCACUGGCUCCAAGGGCAACCUGUGCGAGAGGAAGGCGCCGCUGGCGGCGAGCGUGGCGCUCACGCUGCCCUCCGCCGCCGUGGCCGCCUACUACCUGCUGCUGCAGACCUACGCGCUGCGCCUCGAGGCCCUGCUCUGCGCCGUCCUGCUGCUCUUCUGCGGCGCCGAGCUGCUGCUCGGCCUCCUCGCGCUCGCCUCCUUCGCCAGCAGGGACGCGGCGUGAGGCCACUCACCGCGCYGGUGCCUGUGCCUGGAAAGCCGCUU